AUGUCGGAUAUUAAGUUCAUAUCCGUCGUCGUAUGUCUACUGUUGUUGGUGGCCGAUGUGCAGGUGGAAGGCAGGAAGAAGUCCCACUACAAGACAACGGCGGCCGAAGACUUGCCGCCAGCUCCAGAACCAACCAAGCCAGCCGCUAGCAAGAAAAAGGUAAAGGUUUGGUCUGGAACUUGACGGAUAGACUUUGUUUUAAACCAGAUGUCAAUGUUUUCUUAGUUUAUAUUACUUUAGCUUUUUUGGUUUUAUUGUUCUCUAAAUGAAAAGACAUCAAAAUUAAGUUAACGAACAUAGAAAGUGAUACGCUUCAAAUCAGUAUAAAAAUGUUAAGAUAAGUAUCAUUUUAAACUAUUUAGUACUAAUAAUGAAGUUUCAGUCAAAACCAGCUCCAGAGCCGGUUGUCACCAAGUCCCAUGUAGACACUGAGUUCUCGAUUGAAGACGUCGACGAAGACAAGAUCGACGAGAUUCUGAAGGAUGCCACCAAGAACUUGGUCGUGUUUUUUUGUAAGUAGUAUAUAUAAUAUUUUCUACAAGUAAUAUAUAUAAAACUGGACCUAAAUCGUAUCUAUCAUUACAUUUUUAACAGUAGAUUACAGCAGUAACUUUCUGACGUAUAUUAAGUCCCAGCAAUAGAAAAUAGUAUCCAAUACAAAAUAGUACCUUUACUUUAGAUGACGGCAGAGUCAAAUGUCCUGGCUGUGGAGAUGCGCUAAGCGAAGUGGAAGAGAUCGACGAUGACAUCGAAGCUACUGGCUAUAUCGAGGUUGUCAAGACUGACGAUAGACGUGUAGCACGCGAAGUUGGAGUCACAACAUUCCCAGCUUUGGUCUACUUUAGACGAAAAAACCCUAUCUUGUAUGAUGGUAAGUCUAUUUGAGGUCUUACUGUCUAGUAUAAUAUAUUGUAAUACCUCGAAUUACAGUUCAUAUUAAUAUUAUAGUGCUGUUAAAUCAUACUUAUGUUACCUAAAACGGCUUUAAAGUGAAAUUUACAUAAAACUGGCUUUAAAUUGUACAAUUAUUGAAGAACUAUAUGUACUAUAACAUACUUUAGGUGACUUUAAGGAUUCCGAAGUUGUGUGGCGCUGGAUCCGAGCUCACGAUGAGAUUGCCACGUGGGACUUGACUGACUUCAACUUUGAACAAAAAACUGACAGUUUCUCACCGGACGAGGGAUCUUUGGACUGGUUUGUCUUGUUGUAAGUCUAUUUUACUGUAGUAUUCACAUAUUUUACUUACCUUUCUUAUAUUAUAUUAUUGUACAUCCCCCACCCUUGCAGCUACGACUCCGAAGAGCUGGACUGCAACGCCUUCAUUCCAGUCUGGGAAACCGUAGCACACAAACUCCGUGGCCUAGUUAACGUCGGCAAAGUUGACGUUUCUGUGAGCGACGAUGUAGCCGAGCGCUUCAGAAUCGACGACAACCAAUGUCCAGUGUUCUUGUUGUUCCACCGUGGCAAGAUGUACCGAUACACUGACCCAGCCAAAGAUGUACGUGGACUGACCAACUUCGCGCUUCAAAAGUUCAAGGACAGCCGAGGACAUCGAGUUCCCGAGCCUCCGACGGCUCUGGAGAACUUCUACGAGCACGUCAAGGAGAAAGUGGUCGAUAUUGUAGUAGGUUUUGAUGUCUUUGUUUAUAAACUUUGUGUUUUGCCUGACCAAAUUACAGAAAAACGUUAGUAUAUCAUCUACAUACAACAAGACUUUUUAAAAAACCUUAAGCUUAACUCAAGAUAAACUUGUUAUUAAGGAUGACAACCACACCCUCUCCAUCGUCUGUAUCGCUGCCAUGAUCGGUGUGGUAACCAUCGCGCUCAUCUACAAGGCCUACACGAUCAAGUCCGAGACACCGGUGGAGAAGAAGGUCAGCUAA